CUUUAGUAUUUACUAACGGAACGCAAGUGAUCCAUACGUGAAACAACUUCGCCAGCUAUCGUUUUACACGAUACUGUCGAUAAGUUUAGAUACAACAUAUGCCACUGGGUGUGUCUUAACCUAGCUAACUCGCACGAGAAGAAGAAAAAAAAACGAGCGGUAGGCUACGUGAAUACAUCAGUGUUUGAAUUGGGUUUGAAGAUGCAUUAUUACAGAUAUGAGAAUGCAGAGGUCAGCUGUUGCUACAAGUACCUCAUGUUCAGCUAUAACAUAGUAUUUUGGCUGGCUGGGGCUGCAUUUAUUGCUAUUGGAUUCUGGGCUUGGAGUGAAAAGGGUGUGUUGUUGGACCUUACGCUUGUGACUCGAAUGCAUGGUUUUGACCCUGUGUGGCUGGUGAUGCUUGUGGGCACAGUCACAUUUGUGCUGGGCUUUGCAGGCUGCGUGGGGGCGCUGAGGGAAAACAUCUGUCUCCUCAAAUUUUUCUCAGGUGUUAUUGGAUUUAUCUUCUUCCUGGAGCUAACAGCAGCAGUGCUAGCACUCGUGUUUCAGGAGCCCUUACGGGAAUGGAUAAGUGAAUUCUUCCUAGCUAAUGUGAAGGCCUACAGAGAUGAUAUCGACUUACAGAACCUCAUUGAUUCCCUACAGAAACUGAACCAUUGCUGUGGAUCCAAGGACCCCAAUGACUGGAAUCUGAAUGUCUACUUCAACUGUACCCAGAGCAACCCCAGCAGAGAGAAAUGUGGAGUACCUUUCUCUUGUUGUAUCAGUGACCCAGCAGAUGCAGUAGUGAACACCCAGUGUGGUUAUGAUAUUAGAGUCUCAGGGUCUUUGGAUAAAUGGUCCAGUAUAAUUUAUACUAAAGGAUGUAUCUCAGCUUUAGAAGAAUGGUUCCCACGCAAUAUCUAUAUAGUUGCUGGUGUCUUCAUAGUCAUAUCACUGCUACAGAUGGUGGGCAUAUUCCUGGCACGGACUCUGAUUGGAGAUAUUGAAAAAGUCAAAUGCUUGUGCUCUUCUGUAUUGAGAUUGAUGUCAUUCCUGGUAUAUGUUGGAGACACUCCACUAUCUUAGGAAUCACAGCUCCAAGUGCCCUGAUCACCACUGAGACAACAUUGGUAUUAACCUACAUUCUUUCUAUUUCUUCUUUCAGUACCUCAUAUUUUUUCAAUUUAUCUAUUUCUAUAUUUGAAUGUGUCCACCACUUGGGACCGCCACAUCUAUAUUACAAGUUGGUAGAUGCUGUAUACCAGCUGAAUCAGGUUGUUGAGGUGUUAGUGUAACCCACCAGUUAUAGUGCACCAAAUAUUUUUAUAUACUGUUUUGAUAUUAUUUUAAAUUAAGUGAAUUCUUCAGUCUUACAUUGGUUUAAAAUCAUUUCAAAAGCCUGGAAGUAUAACAUCUGAAGGCUUUGCAAUAUUUAGCACAUGGCUACUAUAGUUUUAGUCCAAAAUGAGAUUUUUCUGUUGUGGGAAGCCUAGUACUAAUGUGAAUUUGACAUUCCUCUUUCCUUUUGAUGAAGAUGCUGAGUUUAAGCUUUUCCAUUUUGAAUGGAACAUCAUUGUCAUCAACUUUUUGCUGGUUAAUAUUCACAGAUUUUUACUCAGCUGAUAAUGUAUUUGGUCAUUUGCAAUCAUUUUUAAUGUAUUCCUUCAUGUUUGCUGCAAGAGGGAUGUAAAUCUUACUGCAUAUAUAUAGAUCAUUACUUUAUCUGUUUGGCUUGACCAAGAUCUGUAAAAAAACAACAACAAAAAAAAAACAAACCUCAACACUGGACAGUGACUGAAAAUGCUUGAAAGUGUAAAAUAACCAGUUGCCCAUUAGAAACUGCUCCAAACUGCAUAUUCUAAACAGAAAAUAUAUUUUGGUUUACAUGAGCAUGAAAGUGUUGAUUGGUGAUGAUCCCUAAUGUAUCCUUGAUCUUGCACAUUAGUAUACAAUGUUCAGUGAAUUACUAGACCUUACCUAAAUAUUAGUAUACAGUAUUCUCAGACCCCCUUUUAGUAACACCUCCCACCCUUCACUCCACAGGCAGACAUGUCACUUUGGCAUCUGUAAGUGAAUUUGAAGUGAAUCUACUUAGCAUUUUUUAGGUGUAGUCUACUGUUUUUGCCAAGUAAGGAAUACAGUUGUUUUUGCUAUGAAAAUGUAUAACACCCAGCAUUCUUUUUCUAUGCCUUUUUAUUCUGUUUUCAAAACAUAAUGUGCCUUUCUACUGGUCUGUAAUAUUCUUAGAUGAUUUAUUUUGGAAUAUAUGUUUUAAUAUGCUUGUCUAACUUUGUAGCAUAACUGUUUAUAUGGUAUGGAUGUAGCCCAAAGAUGCUGUCUGGUGCUUAGUGCCACCAAGUCUUCCUUUUCUUUAUUAAAAUUAAAUAUGAAUUUUAGAAAUAUUUCUUUUAGUACUCAGAACCAGUCAAGAUUAUAAACAUCCAAAGAAGCAAUUUAAACUUGAGUUCAUUAAUCUUAAAUAAGUGCACUAACUAACCUUUACAUCCCUGCCAUUUUAUAGUAUUCUGCUCAUUGUAGCAUUGAUAACAUGAUCCAAUUUUCCUUUUUUUUCUAUUAGGAGGUAUACACCUUUAUUGGUGGGAGGUUUUUUAAAUAAAAAAAAAAUCUUAACUUUGCUAAA